AUGGCAGCAGAAUCAAUUAAAAACCCAACUGGAUUAAAAUCUUGUGAGAUUGAAGAUAAGUUGACAGAUCAUGAUAAACUUAUUUUUUCUACGAUUUUUAACAAAGAGGCAGCUGGAUUAUCUGCGAAUUUAGACGAAGAUAAAGGUGAAUUUAAUGAUAGUGAUGAAGGGAAGAGGGAGGCAAAAAAUGAAUGUGGUUAUAAUGAACACAGUUAUAAUAAACACAGUUAUAAUGAAUAUUUAGAGAGUAAUCAAGUUAAUGGAAAAAUUUAUAAAGAAAAUGGUGUUGAGAUUGAUUUAAGUUUAUUUCCAGAUGUUAAUAUUUCGUCGAUUGAAAAAAUUGAGAAAUUUGAAGGUAUUGAAAAACGAGCUAUAAAGAAUAUUGAAAAUUGUGAUGUGGAUAAUGAAAAGAUUUUAAAGGAUAUUAAUAAUGAAGAAUUAUCUAUAGAGGGAUUUAUUAGUACCAAUGUUAGUAAAGAUAUCAAUUUGACAAAAAUUCAAGAGAGUAUAGAAAUAUUGGAGGAAAUAUUUGAAGAUGAGGAAGGUGAAAGUUAUGGAUCAGUUUUUAACAAUUUAGCGCAAAUGAAGAGAUUAUAUUUGCAUUUUCUUGAAAAAGAAAAAGAAGAAAAAAAAGGAAGUAGUAUAUUGGAGAUGAGGAAAUUGGAAAGGGAUAUUUUGAAUGAUUUGAAAAGAGCAAUUGAGUUGACAUUACCAAAAGAGUUGAAAAGAGAUGAAAUGAAUGAAAGAAAUAAUCAGGGUAUUAUUGAAGAGUUGCAUUUACAACAAUGUAAAGUGUCUAAAAUGCAAAGUAAAGUUUUAUCAUCAGCGUAUUUACAAUAUGCUACAAUGUUAAUUUGUAAAUCUGUGAAGAUGGAAGAAGAUAAGGAAGAACAAAUGAAAAUCGAGAGAUUAGCUAGUGAGUAUAUGUUUAUUGGAGGAAUGUUUGGCAAUGAGAUAUCCAAGAGGGUUUCAAUGAAGAUUAAUCCCUAUGGGAAGUUGUGUGGAGAUAUAGUCAAAGAGGCUAUUAUCAAUGAGUAUACAGAUGAAUGA